UACCCAAGAAGCCAUUUCACUAUCAAGAUGUCUUUUCCCUUCUUUACCAUGUCCUUUGUUUCCGUUUUGUUCUUUGUCUCAAUCUCUCCUUUCAUUGCUUUAGCUUCUGUUCCACUCUCGAAGACAUUUAAGUGUGUCAAUGAGGGAGAAUUUGAUUUCUAUAAAGCAGAAUAUAAUGCAAAUUAUCGUACUGUACGUCCGUUCAGUGCGCCAUUCAUGCUCUGCUUCUACAACACCAUCCCGGAUGCCUUCACCUUAGGACUACUUAUGGGGUUUACAAGUACAGAAUCGCUUUCCCUUUGGGUUUGGGAUGCCAAUCUUGGGAACCCAGUUCGAGAGAAAGCCACUCUGACAUUCGGACAGGACGGGAAUCUUGUCUUGGCCGAUAGCGAUGGCGGGAUUGCUUGGCAAAAAAACACUGCCAACAAAAAGGUGUCACAGGCUUCGAACUACUACCAAAUGGUAACAUGGUGCUCCAUGACUCCAAAGUAUGCUUGGAGAGAUGUAUAUGGUCCUUUGGAGGUGAAAUUCAAUAGUGAACGAGAAACCCAUAAUGAGGGUUAUGCUUAUGACAUAAAUCUUGAGUAUCAGAGCACUGGCUCUACAGGAACAGUUUUCUUACUAAAUAGGCCCAAGUACAAUGCCACUCUAUCAUUGCUCCGACUCUGGCCAGAUGGAAACCUUAGGGUUCACACUUUCUACCAACAUGUGAUGUGGGGGGCUUGGGAAGAGACAUUAACUCUCUUCUCAAGAGAUUCAAUGUGGGAAAAUGAAUGCCAAUUACCGGAGAGAUGUGGCAAAUUUGGACUUUGUGAGGACAACCAAUGCGUAGCCUGCCUGUCCCCAAAAGGGGUUAAUUGGUUGGAGCAACGACUGUGAGCCGAAGAAGGUAACAAAGUUUGGGGUUGAUGAUUUUUACUACUACAAGAUUAAAGGGUGGACCAUUUUAUGAGCAAGUACACAAGUGGAAAUGGGCCUAUGAAGAAGGGAGAAUGUGAAAAGAAAUGCACUAGUGACUGCAAGUGUUUGGGCUACUUUUAUCACCAGCAGACUUCAAGUUGUUGGAUUGCAUAUGAUCUCAAGACCCCUAACAAAAGUCUCCAAUUCCA